CAAGACAUCUGUUUACUUUGUCUAUUGGCCUUGGUCUAUCUGUCGGAAAAUUACAGACUUUGCGGAAAAUAAAUAAUCACGCGACUAAUCACUCCGCUUUCCUGAGAAAGGUCUGCGUAAGCAGAGAACGUCUGUGUAUUCUUUGGCGUAAGCAACUGCAGCUCAGUAGUGAAAGGCAGUAUAGUUUCUCAUGGACGCUGGACUCUACUCCUAGACUUUAUUUUGCUACGAUUGCAUGACUUUAAUGUCACUUGAUUUUUCCUCGCCCAAGGGUGUGGUGUAAAUUUUUACACCUUUAUUUUCCCAAUUUAAAGCGAAAGGCCACUUGCAUUAUUUGGAUUUAUAGGUAAAGGUUCUAUGAAGUCGAGGCCUUAUGGAACGAUGACAGAUUUAGAUUCACUGAAAUUAAGCAAAGUGCUAGUAUAAUUGAAGCGUUAUGUAAUGCAAUAUGUUUAACAGAUAAUUGCUAAAAUUCAUGUAAGAAGACUCUGUAUAGUUACCCAGGAAAUGUGUGUAAAUUAUAACAGACUAAUUUUUGUAACAUGUUCUUGGAAAGAAAGGUUUAUGUAGUAUCACAUCAAGAUGAACUUUCUGUAGAAAGUGCAGAUAUUUUUACAAAGACAAUUGCACAUACAUAUGCAUAGGAUAGAAAAAAGUAGUGUGAAACUCUUAAUAUUUAAUUUGGCUAAAUAAUAAUUUAAUAAACUCUCCAAGGUAAAUACAAACUGUUUUAUAAAGUGCAUAACAAGUUGUAUCAAAUUUACGUCUGGGAACCAAUUUCAUUUUGUGCGAGGUAUGUUACUAGUGAAUUAUAUAAAACCGUGAUAUAAUUGAAAUUAAAAACACUUUUGAUGAGAUUUGUGUAAUACAUUCUUUAAAAGUAAGGUAAAAACACAUAACGUAAAAACUCAUAACUCAUAAGGUAAAAACUCAUAACGUAAAAACACAUAUUUUUAUUUGUACUGGAGAGAAAACUUAUGGGUGUGAGAUAUGUAAGAAUUUAUUCAGAUUCAAAGGUUCUUUAAACAGAUGUAUGCUUAUUGAUACAGGCAAGAAACCUUAUGUGUGUGAAGUAUAUGCAAAAUCAUUUAGAGAAAAAUGUAAAUUAAAGAAGUGUUUGCUUAUUCACACAAGUGAGAAAUUUCAUGUGUGUGAGCUAUGUGAAAUGUCAUUUAUAGAAAAGUGUAAAUUAAACAAGUGUAUGCUUAUUCACAUAGGGAAAAAAAAAAAAAACCUCUUGUGCUUCAGAAAAUGUCAUUUAGACAAAUGGGAGAUUUAAAUAAACAUAUGCAUACUGGAGAAAAAUCUCAUGUAUGUGAUGUGUGUAACAAAUUAUUUACGAAAAAGUAUACUUUAAUGAUGCAUAUGUUUAUUCACACUGGAAAGAAACCUUACAAUUGUGAGGUAUGUAAUAAUUCAUUUACAUCCAAGAGCGUUUUAAACAGACAUAUGCUUAUUCAUACAGCAGUGAAACCUCAUGUGUGUGAGAUAUGUGGAAAGUCAUUUAGAAAAAAGUAUACAUUAAAUAGUCAUAUGCUUAUUCAUACAGGAGAAAAACCUCAUGUAUGUGGGAUAUGUAAUAAGUCAUUUAGACAAAAGAAUGAUUUAAAUGAUCAUAUUCUUACUCAUAUAGAAGAAAAACCUCAUGUAUGUCAUGUAUGUAAUACAUUAUUUAGAAGAAAGCAUAAUUUGUAUAUACAUAUGCUUAUUCAUACUGGAGAGAAACCAUAUAUAUGUGAGAUAUGUAGCAAUUCAUUUAGAUUCAAGGGUGCUUUAAACAGGCAUAUGCUUAUUCACACAGGAGAGAAACCUCAUGUAUGUGAUGUAUGUGAGAAAUCUUUUAGAGAGAAAAGUAAAUUAAACAAUCAUAUACUUAUUCACACAGGAGAGAAACCUCAUGUGUGUGAAGUAUGUAACAAGCCAUUUAGAGAAAAAUGUCAAUUAAAUAAACAUAAGCUUAUUCACAGAGUAGAAAAACCUCAUGUAUGUAAGAUAUGUAGCAAGUCAUUUAGACAAAAGGGUAAUUUAAAUGGGCACAUGCUAACUCACUCGGGAGAAAAACCACAUUUGUGUGAAGUAUGUAACAAAUCAUUUAGACAAAAGAGUGAUUUAAAUAAACAUGUGCUUAUUCACACAGGAGAAAAGCCUUAUGUAUGUGAUGUAUGUUACAAAUUAUUUAGAAGAAAGCGAAAUUUAAACAUACAUAUGCUUAUUCACACUGGAGAGAAACCUUAUACAUAAGAGGCGUGUGAAAGAUCAUUUAGAUUUGAUAGUACUUUAAAAAAACAUGAUUAUUCAUAAGAGAGAAGCCUUAUUAUGUAAGGAUAAACAUGUGGUUUGAAGAUGCAUAUGUGUAUCCAUAUUUAAGAGAAAUCUCACAUCUGUUAUGAAUUAAGCUAGUUAAAUGAAAUCUUUGAUAAUCUAUGCCAGAAAGAACUGUCUGUAUAGAAACCUUUUAUAUAUUGAAGAUAUAUAUAUAUAUAUAUAUCCUUAAUUAGUUUAGCAUAUUACUUACUAUUAAUAUUGAUUUUUACUUAUAAAUAAUCAAAUGUUAUAUUUUUCUCUUUUAACACAUUUCUUUGCAACUAAUUUUGCUUAUGUUAAAGUUUUCACGGAACCACAGUAUUUAAGCAGCUUUUUAGCGUUCAGACUAGAAUUUAUCUUUAUCUAAUUUCUUUAAUUUUGAAGCACAAUGCGCAAAGUUUUUGACCACAUAGGUCUUUUAUUGUUUGUUCUUUCUACUUUAAUUAAAAUGACUUAUAUGUAAAAUGGUAUAUAUAUAUAUAUAUACACACACCUACUUGCCAAGUUCACCAACAGUUGAUCGGCGUAUGGUUAUGAGAGUUUAAAACACAUAGAAGUAAGCCGUGUAAACGUGGUAUUUAGUGCAUAUAAUCAAAAUAAUUAAAGAAUAAGUAACUUAAAUUCAAGUUAGCAGAGAAAACAAUAUAUUAAGCAUAUGGAAGUGAAAAUUCAAAAUUAACCGGUUAAAUGUCGUAUACGAAAAUAAAUUUGUAUUGAAUUCAAGUUAGCAUAGAAAACAAUAUAUAAAACCUAAUGGAAGUAAAAUAAUCAUGUAAUAAUAACCUUUUUUUUUGGCAGAGUUAUCUAUUUAAUGGAAAAAAAUAGUAAAAUUUAGAUGUCUUUGAAUAUAUUUCAGUGUUAUAAAAUUCCAAAAUAUUCCUGUUUUUAACAGUUUCUAAAGAAAUUGUGAAAGUAUAAAAUCAAAAAGCCAAUUUUACGAUUAAUAUCUUCAUUGCAUAAUUUUAAAGUACUUCCAAAACUAUGAUUGAAAAUCAAUUAUCAUAUAAUUAAGGUCAAUAGAUAUUGUCAUUUGAAUAGAAACUUAAUUGCAACUAUCUGAUUACAUAAAAAGUUUUUUUAGUAAUAAAUUAUAUUCUGCUCUGACUUAUUUUUUAUAUAUGUUCAUGUAUUGCCCAAAACACCCAUCAUAUUCACUUUGCAUCUGGCAUAUUAAUUUUUAUUAAGACUUGCUUUCUUACAUGUAACUCAUAAAAAGAACCAAGGAACAUAUUAUUUGUUGUUAACUGCUUUGCAACUGAUAUGCAGCUUAUCAGCAGCCAAACAGUAAAGUGACUUCAGUCUGGUAGUUUGGUUAGCCAAGCUAAUGGGCAUGUUGUAUGAAUGUUUUUAUGGUAUUCCUAAUAUGUAACAUGGAUUUACCAGUUUCCUUCAGAAAGACCUCAUUGAAGGCAUCUUUCUCCUUAGGCAGAUACCUCUCCCAUGCUUUUCCAUAAUUUAAACAAACCAAAACUAACUGAUGUAUGCUGCUAAAAAUUUUAUUUUAAGUCUACAUUUAAUAACAUUACAAAAAUUGCAAAUAUGGUCCAAGUUAGAUAAUUUUAAAUGCAUAUUAUUACAAUUACUUAUAUUAAUUACACUAAUUGCAAACAUUUAUUAUAUGGAUAUUUUAAAUGUCUAUUUUAUCAUUAAUUAUUAUCAAUAUAUUUAUGGACAACAUUUCUUUUUUGAUUGCACUGUUCAAUUUUUCUUAGAUUUUUCACACCAUAAUUUUAUCAGUCUUCUGAAAUUUAGUCACAAUUUCUCUCAAUCAAAUCUGACAGUGUAGUUUGCAGAUGCAACAUAAAAACUAUGUCAAAUAUCAGCCAUUAAGGAUGUAUGAAUUAGGUUUUUAAUGCAAUCUGUUGUGUUUAUUUCAUGCUUAUGACUGCAUAAGAAGAUUUGCAUGAAAUAAAUGUGUCACAAGCAGCGACACUGAGAUGUUAUUUCACAUAUAACUGAGAAGUACAGCACUAAUUAGCACUGUAAUUGUUAAAGUAUCCUAGCUUUUAAAAAGCUUGGUUGCAUGUAAUAUGAACUUAAUUACUUUAUCAUUUUGAGAAUAAGAAGGGUUUGUGUGUUUAUUUAAUUCAAUAUGCAAAGCACGUGAGGGCUAGCUGAAAACGGAAUGCUUUUAUGAAUAUUUACAUCACUUAAGGAAAACCAUAAAAAUGUCACAAACGCAUGCGAAAAAAGAAAAAAUAACCUGCACAGCCAGCUCGUUUAUCAGGAUUUGAGCCGAAAUUCAACUACCAGCAUUCAGCCAUCUUAACUACUUGUAGAACAAAUCUAAAGAAAAUACUCGUAAUAUAUAAUCAAAAUUUAACUAUGUGUUGUAUGGUAGGAUUGCUUUCUCGAGUACCGAGGUAGGGAAUACUUAAUCUAUUUUUUUUUAAGUGUUUGGUCACGGUAUUAUUCAUUAUAUGUACUUUACGUAAUUCAUAUAGAAUACUAAUAUUUCUAUUACAAGUGUCUUUUUUUCAUUUUAAAGUGUUUUGCUUGUUGAUAUUCUCAAAAUUGUAUCUGAUAAUUAGUAUAAAUAUAAUAGAUGUAUGUCAGCGAGAGCCACAACUCCAUAUUUACAUCAUUGUGAAAUAGGUUUCAGACAGCAAGAAAUGUCAGAUUCCAAACACUUAUUCAGUGACAGUCUUAGUUCAAUGCCCCCAUAAUAAAUUAAUGAAUGCAUGACUUUUAAUACAUUCAUUUUACAUAAACAGUAUGUAAUUUUUUUCUUCAAUUUACUUGCAAAUAGCUUAAAGCAUUUUAUGUUAAAAACAACUGCCUGUCGUUUUCAUGAUAUAGUUGACAAUACCAAUAAUCUUCAAGAGUACUGAAAUUCCCUUCAGUAACAUUGUUAAUAAAACUAGAAAAUCAUACAUUUUAUUAUUUUUGAAGAGUCAUUUGCACUUGGAUUCAUUACACAAGCAGUGGUUUGCUAAUUUUGAUGACUUUGAGGAUCCAUAAAACUAUUCUGUCAUUUUAGAGAAUCAAUAAUAUUUUUUAUUUCAAUUUGUUAUCUAAUUGUAUGUCACACCUGAAAUCUUCCCAAAUGUUAUUGUUAGAAAAGCAUUAACGAUAUAUUAUCUGGUUAAAGUUUUAAGCCAUAAAUAUUGUUUUCCUCAUUAUUUUACAUGACAGUAACCAAUAAUAAAAAUAAAAACAUUACUUAAUUAAUUAUUUAAAAUGCAAAUUUUGGCAGCUAAAGAAGUCAAAAUAUUUUAGGGGUUGGAAACCUCAUGUUUCUGCAUGGCGUGUUACCAAUUAUCAUUGACCACCCUCCUGCCACAUUUUCUUCCGCGUACCGGCAUAUGGCACCGAAAACUUCCUUAAUUAUAUGAAAAUAUUUCUAUCUAUUUAUUGUUAAAAGUUCAUGAAAAGUAACGUUAAAAUACGAAAAAAUAAUAAUAAAUAAGUGAAGAAUAAAUUGGCAAAUGGGAACAAUGGCAGUGAUAAUUCAACAAAAUGAACAUAAGAGGAAUGGUUGCAGCCUCCAAACAAGCGAAUAGGUUAAAUCCGAUGGGUUAGCAGGUUUGAAGUAUUAUCGCUAAAGUUCACAAUGUUUACAUUUACCAUGUUCUUUGCGGAAGUGUUUCCAGUCCUUGCUCCAAGCAAUCCACUUUAACCUUAAUAUAAACCUGUUUCUGCCAUUCUGUUUGCAGUAUAUGUGCAUUGUGAGAUUUUGAAAUAGAAAUAAUUUUUUAUUCAUUUCAGUCUGUUAAUUUCUAAGUGUUUUUAUAUUAUGAAGAAUUAUGUGAAGCAAGUGAAUUAUAUGUACAAAGAAUUGUUAAAGUAUUGUAUAUUAUGGUGAUAAAGCUUUCAAAGGAAUAAGACUAGAUGUUUCAAUAAAGUUUAGGCGUAUAGAUAUUUGUCUUCUAUAAAAACUUGGUUUUUUUUGAAUAUGAAUAUACUGAAUCUGAACUAGGUGCUUAGCUAGAGGGGGCAAGGGGGACAUCUAUCCUUAGGUGCAGUAUCCAGGGGGCAGCAAAUUGAUGCUGUGAUUUUUGAAAUGAAAUAUUUCCAUUCUUAGUAAACAGGAGUGGGUGCAAAAUUUUCAUUUGUCUCCAGGCAUUGAAUACCCUAGCUACAGCUCUGAUCUGAACAUAAUGAAUGAACCUUAUCUAAAUGGUGACAAAAAUUUAAAAAAAAAAAAAAAAAAAAAAAAAAAAAAAGUAAAAAUUUUAGAAAAAUAAAUUUAGUCAUGGUUUAUAUAUUUGAUGAAAGUACCCCUUGUAUUAUGGGGAAAUUGUUGUUUGAUUUAUCGCCAAGUUGUUGUUUUAUUUAUGGUAGUCUAGAGUAGCAGAAUGUUAUGGAAACCCUAUUGUGAC